UCUUCGAAUAUCAGAAGUCGCGGUCAAAGUACAAAAACUAAGCAAAAACUGUGCAAGUAGUGAGCUUUUCGACGUUCGUCAGAAUCACGGCUGGCUGCGAAGAUUGAAGAAGUCGCAGUCGUGACGGCAGUCGUCGUCGAUAUUGUCAAGUGUUUUCCGAGGCUCAAUAAGUAACUCAAUCGAUUGACAAUGACGCCAAAAAAACGCGAAAAAACUAAUGUUUGGAUUUACUACGUAAAUAAUACAGAAAGCGGGCUGGCUACGUGCAGAAUGUGUAAUGGCACCUUAAAAAACAAUAGGGUGUCGAAUCUAAAAACACAUUUAUGGAAUCGUCACAAUAUAAAAGUUUUAAAAAUAACCCCGAUCGAAACCAAAGUUGACGAGUCAUCCGAUCUGGAUUCCGAGAUUUCUGAAAAAAUAAAACGCAAGCAAAAAACAACAGCUGUGCAUAAGAAACAAACACUUAGACAAAAACGUAAUGCUCUUUGGAAAUAUUUCGAAAAUAAUAUAGACAGCGGUCAGGCCAAGUGCAAAAUAUGCAAAGCCCCGCUUAGAAACAGAGUUUCAAAUCUGAAAGGUCAUUUAUUCCAACAGCACGAUAUAAACUUAUAUUAUGCCAAAAGACAACCCAUGAAAAAAAUUAGAGUUAAUGUGAAUAGCCUGUUACUUCGAAACAAUAAAAAUGAUGUUUGGAAUUACUAUGAAAAUAUUAUAGACAGCGGUAUAGCCAGGUGCAAGACAUGCAAUGGCACACUGAAAAACAAUAGAGUUUCAAACUUAAAAACACACUUAUUGAAGAUGCAUAAUCUAAACCUAUCAGUUAAAAAAAUUCAACCGAUCGAAUCAGCCUCAUCCGAGGCGGAUUCAGUGCAUUCUGUCAAAAUAAUACCAAAGGAAAUAUUAAAAAUUAAUGUGAAUAGAAAACAGUUACUUAGAUCUUUUAUUGGUCUUGUGACCGAAGACUGCAUACCCUUAAAGGUGUUGGAUUCACCGAACAUGAGGAAUAUCAUUGGCCCAAUUUGCGACGGGCUGGAAGCUUCAGCUGGAAAGCCAAUGAGCUUAAAGGCCUCAAGCUGCAUUAAACAUUUGCAAUUGGUUGCAUCUAACAUAAGACUUGACAUCAAAACUGAAUUGAAAAACAAGCUGUUGUCAUUCAGAAUAGACAGUGCCUCGCGGCUAUGCAGAAACAUAGUGGGAAUCAGUGCACAAUUCCUAAGUGACGCUCAAAUAAAAUCCCGCUUUUUAGGAAUGAUUGAACUUAGAAAAGAGCCACCCAAAAAUGUUGCCGUCGAAGUGAUCAAUGUUUUAAAAAGGUACGACAUUAAAGUAGCCCAAAUGGUGUCAGCUACAUCCGAUAACGGAGAGCCCAUAGAAGAAAGCGGAGACGACUGUUCCAACGAAGAGUAUCUCAAAAAAAUCGAGUUGGUGGAAAAAUCACCCAACAUCCUAUUAGGACAUGUUCGAGUCUCUCGCUGUGCUGCUCACAGUGCCCAACUUUGUGUCCUUGAUGUUACAAAAUCCUCGGAAAUAAUUAAUUACAUAUUCACUUGUCGUAAUUUGACGAAAUAUAUCAGAAAACCAUCGAACCGAUAUCACGAAACUUUUGAGCAAAAACAACUAAAGAUGCCCCAGCUAGACUGCCCCACCAGAUGGGGCUCAACCUAUGCGAUGUUGGAACAUUUGAAACUUGCUAAAGACGUGAUACCCAAAAACGAAUCGGUGAGAAGUAACAUUCAAGACGGAAGCUAUGUAAUAGACUCGUUUUGGGAAUUUAUCGAAAGCUAUUGCGUCGUAUUCGGUCCCUUGCAAAAAACAAUACUCAAAUUCCAAGAGGAGCAACUGCACUACGGCAAUUUUUAUGCUCAAUGGUUAAAAUGCAAGAUAUGCACUGAAAAAAUCGUAAAGGAUGCCAGUCAAACUUUGACGACAACAAUUGGAAAUAUAAUUUUGAACUCCAUCGAUAAGCGAACAAAAAAAUUUAUGAAUAGUAGACGUUUAGUUUCGUGUUUGUAUUUGGAUCCUCGAUUCCAUCAUACCUUGACAGCAGAGCAAAAAGUGAAAGCUAGAGAUUAUUUAAAACAAGUUUGGGAUAGAAUCACGGAAGUUAAUCCCGAGGUCACUUGUUCAGCAUCGAUGGUUUCGAUUCCAGAUCAAUCCGUUGGCUUUGACGAAGAAGAUGAGUUACUAAACCAAUACUUGACUCAAGGACUACUUGAAGCGAACGUUGGAAGUAAAAGCGAUGUGUAUACAAAGAUUGAGACUCUUCAGCUUCCAUUUCACAGAAUUGAUGUAGACGUUCUAUCGUUUUGGCAAGCGAAAGAGAACUCUGAUCAGGAGCUGUAUGCAAUAAGCAAGGUGUGCUUUGCAAUACCGCCCACUCAGGUGGCGAUGGAGCGACAAUUUUCUACGCUACGACUGAUGCUUACUGACGAUUGGAAUCAACAUGGUCAGGAAACACUAGAAAACAUAUUGUUGGUGAAAUUAAAUCCAAAUUUUCUUGAAUCAGCCAUUGACCAGUUGCCGAUUUUUCAAAACGACCACGAUCCCCCCCCCGAUAGAAUCUAUAAAAGAAGAAGGUUCUGCAGCUGACGCAGCUGGUCGGGAUUGUCGAAGACCGACAUUGCUGUGAGACCCGCACUCGAGUAAAAGUAUUGAAGUAUUUCAAAUUCUUUUUUUCUAUAAAUUUUUUUUUUUUUUUUUUUUUUUCUCAACACUUGUCACUUUAUCUUUUCGCACUUGUAAAAUAAAACUCGAAAUAUUUA